GACAAGACAAGGAAGAAGUGAGGGAUGAAGUGUCUACACUUUCUUCCUUGGACCCUAGUGACAUUAUUGACAAUUUUUGGGAAAAACUAUGGAUCUGAUUCUGAUGAAAAAAAUAGACCCAGAAGGAACAUUAAUCAGGCACAGCCUCGUAUGUCAUCCGAAGGGGGCAAUUUAGUCUUCCACACUGGCACUGCCAAGAAUAUUGAGUUCAGAACUGGAUCACAAGGCAGAAUAAAACUUAAUGAAGAAGACCUUGCUGAUGUUUUUAAUCAGAUCCAAAGGAAUAAAGAUGAAAUUGUAGAACUAAAAAGACUCACCAGCAUACCUCUCAAUGUUUCUAGUGAGAUCAUCCAGCUUCAAUCCCAGAUUGUGAAUAUUGAAGACCGACUUCAUAGUCUUGAGACGACCUUCCUAAAAAAAGCCUGUAAUAGCAACCCUUGCCAGAAUUCUGGAACCUGCAUAAACCUAUUAGAUGCUUUCUUUUGUCUUUGUCCCAACAAUUGGCAGGGACCAGAUUGUUCUGUUGAUGUUAAUGAAUGCCAGGUUUAUGAAGGAACAUCCUUAGGAUGCCAGAAUGGAGCAACAUGUGUAAAUAACCCAGGGAAUUACAGUUGCAUUUGUACACCAGAAACAUACGGACAGUACUGCACAACAAAAUUUGAUGAUUGUCAAGGAAGAUCUUCUCUUCUCUGUGGGCAUGGGGUUUGUGUGGAUGGAAACAGAGAACAGCUCCACCAGCCAAAUUAUACUUGCAUCUGUGAUGAUGGCUGGAUGUCGCCUCCAGGGAGCCUUGCUUGCAUUGCUGACAUUGAUGAAUGCAGCUUCCCGAACCCACCUUGUUCAGUGAAUCCUCCUGUACGGUGUAUCAACAUGCCAGGCUUUUAUUUCUGCGGUUCUUGUCCAGCAGGCUAUGAAGGUGAUGGGAAAGUAUGCACACUGGUUAAUAUAUGCUCAGUCGACAAUGGAGGCUGCCAUCCACUUGCUGUAUGUAACAUCACAUCAGGACCGGUACCUAAUUGUGUUUGCCCAGAUGGAUACACUGGAAAUGGUUAUGGUUCAAAUGGAUGUUUUGCCCUAUGCCAAACACACAAUCCUUGUGUAAAUGGACAAUGUCUUGAUACAGUCUAUGGCUAUAACUGUGACUGUGAUCCUGGUUGGAGUGGAAUCAACUGUUCAAAAAACAUUGAUUGUGGAGGAUCCCUUAAUGACCCCUCAGGAUCAUUUAGUUACCCUAACAAUUCAGGAUAUGUGCAAUAUGAUCAACAGGUCAAUUGUAAUUGGGUUGUCAGGACCCGCUAUAAUAAGAUUCUACGCAUCACUUUCUCAUUCUUCCAGCUGGAAGAGAGUAGCAGUUGUAUAUUUGAUUAUCUCCAGAUUCAUGAUGGGGAUUCAACAUCUGCAAAUAUGCUGGGGAAAUACUGUGGACCACAUAAACCAGAAGAGCUUUUUAGCAGUCACAAUUCUUUGUAUUUUUCAUUUCAUACUGAUCAUAUGAUUAGUGGGAAGGGAUUUACAGUUCACUGGGAGUCUCAACAGCCUGAAUGUGGAGGAGAACUGACCAGUACAUAUGGGACAAUUAAUUCACCCGGCUAUCCUGGCAGCUACCCUCCCAAUAGGGAUUGUGAUUGGAUCCUUUCAACUAAUCCUGGUCUUUUUAUUACAUUUGCGUUUGGCUUAUUGAGUCUUGAACAUCAUGACAACUGUAUCAAAGAUUAUCUUGAGAUUCGAGAUGGCCUUCUCUCACAAGAUCCCCUCCUUGGGAAAUAUUGCAGUACUGGGUUACCACCUCCUCUUCAAACCACUGGUCCAUAUGCUCGGGUACAUUUUCAUUCUGAUGGUUUUCAUAACAAUAGAGGAUUCCAUAUCACAUACAUAACAUCACCUGUGGAUCCCAACUGUGGAGGAAACUAUACUGAUAGCAGUGGGGUCAUCAUGUCUCCCUACUGGCCCAAUUCUUAUCUGAACAACAGACAAUGUGUUUAUAUCAUUCGACAGCCACCCAAUGAAAAAAUCUACUUGAAUUUCACACACCUAGAGCUGGAAAGACACCCUAACUACACUCGGAACUAUAUAGAGAUCCGAGAUGGUGACACUGAGAGGGCUCCCUUAAUCAACAAGUUCUAUGGAAGUAUGCUCCCUUCUGCAAUCACUUCCACACAAAGUAGCCUCUGGAUCAAAUUCAAAUCUGAUAUUUCAGUUAAUACUUCUAACUUCAGGGCCACUUAUGAAGUUGCUUGUGGGGGACCCUUGUUUGGUGAAGGGGUCAUCAGAUCUCCCUACUUUAACAGACCAUUGCCAAAGGGUCGUAUCUGUGAAUGGAUCAUCUCUGUACCUGAAGACAAUAUUGUGGUUCUUAAGUUCACUAAUUUUCAUAUCUAUAAUGACACUACUUGCAAUUCAGAUUAUGUGGAGAUUAGAAAUGGUGGCAAUGCAAGCUCUCCUUCUUUGGGAAGAUACUGUGGGAACACUAUACCACCUGUGGUUCAUUCAAGACAUAACUUUCUUUAUAUAAAAUUCAGAGCUUCAUCUACUACAAACCUUGGCUUCAUGGCUGAAUACAAACCUUUUGAUAUAGUAUGUUCACAUGAAUAUAUGAACGCCUCUGGUGUGCUAACAUCACCAAACUAUCCAAAUAACUAUCCAAACAAAAUGGUAUGCAUAUACAAGAUCCAUGUGGCAAACAACAAACAAAUUGCUUUGCAUUUCACCAAUUUCUCUUUGGAGGAUGACGCCAUGUGUCUGCAUGAUUAUCUUGAAAUUAGAAAUGGAGCUUUUGAAACAUCUCCUUUGCUUGGGAAGUAUUGUGGCUCCUCGUUGCCUCCUGUUACUAUUUCCCAUAGUAAUAAUCUGUGGAUAAAGUUUGUGAGUGAUAUAUAUUCAACAAGUACUGGCUUCUCAGCUUAUUGGGAUGGAACAUCAACAGGUUGUGGUGGAAACCUUACAACUUUUUCUGGAACAUUCAUGUCUCCCAAUUACCCUAUGCCCUAUUACCAAGAUGUGGAAUGUUAUUGGCUGCUGAAGUCAAGUCAUGGAAAUGUGUUUGAAAUCUAUUUUGAUCAAUUCCAUCUAGAGUCGCAUCAAUCCUGUAACUCUGAUUAUCUUGCUGUGUAUGAUGGCAACAGUAACAACAGUAACAUGUUAGGCAAGUUUUGGGGUAAUAAGAUCCUGCCCACAAUCCGUUCUACUGGCAAUAAUAUGUAUAUAAAUCUAAGGACAGGCCCCUCUUUAAAUGGAAGAGGUUUCCUUGCUCAUUUUAAACAAGUUUGCCAGGGAAUAGUAAUUGUCAACCAUUCCCAAGGCAUUUUGGAGAGUUUGGAAUACCCUAACAACUACCCUCCAGGUUUAUAUUGCAACUGGACCAUCCAAACUACAACUGGUAACACCCUGAACUACAGUUUCCAAGCAUUUAGCACGAAAGGAGGUGACAGGUGUGAACGUGACCAUUUAAAGAAAAAGAAAACUUGAAAGUUAACAAGAUUGAUGCUAUAUGGAACAAAAAUGUGACUGAAUCUGGAUGUUCUGCUUCAGAUACCACAAAGAUACCUUCCUCCCAAGGUAACAAGGAAAACUAUUUUCCAACCAGUACUGCCUGGUUUUUGUUUUCAGAGUGUGGUGGAGAAUUGACAUCUGGAUCUUUCCAUAGCCCUGGCUAUCCAAAUAGGAACUCACAAAACAGGGAAUGUUACUGAUAUAUUCACACAGCACCAAGUAGUAGCAUUCAACUGACUAUCCUGGAAUUUGAUGUGGAAUACAAUUCGAGUUGCAACCAUAAUGUUCUGGAGAUAAUCUAUGGUGGAUAUGAUUCAUCAACACCUAAGCUGGCUCAAGUUCGCACUUCAAGAUCAUCACAGAGUCCUUUGCAUAUCUCUAGCACUGGUAAUGCAAUUACAGUCAGCUUCAAAACAAGUGGGAGAAUGAACAGAAAAGAAUGCAAUGCCAGUUGGCAAGAAAUAGCUGGAGUUUGUGGAAAUAUCUCAGAAGCUUCUUUAGUUGGUGGAGCCAUUUCUUCUCCUCUGUAUCUAGCAACAUACCCAAAUAAUCAGAAUUGUAGCUGGAUUAUUCAAUCUCAAGAACCAGUUAACCACAUUACAUUAUCAUUCGCUGAUUGUGACAUUGAAAAUGAUAUACAUAGCUGCAGCACUGAUUAUGUAGAAAUUUGGGAAGGGGAUAAUUCCAAUGUUCCUUUUCAAGGCAUGAGAAAUGUACACUUGGGGGGGGGGGGUACCUUCCAUAUGGGGAGAGGAGCCUUCAAUAGCCCAAGUUUUCCUGAAUCAUACCCAUUGAACACUGAAUGUGUCUGGAAUCUUCUGAGCUCCCUUGGCAACUGGCUCCAGCUGUCUUUCAUGGACUUUCAGGUGGAAGAAAAUGAAUGCUGUACCAGAGGCUACAUAGAAAUUAGGGAAGGUGAUUCCAGUGGUCCUCUGAUGGGACUAUACUGUGGGAACUCUUUGCGUGAUUAUACCUCAAUUACUGGAUAUCUUCUUUGGGUAAAGUUUGUCUCAGAUGGCUCUAUCAGUAGAAGUAGUUUCCAGGCUACAUUUGCCUACUUUAAACUCUCUAAACUUUUCUUCAACCUUUUUUUCCUACCAAUAUUCUGUGAUGUGCUGUUACGUCCCAAGAAAAAGAGAUCUGAGGCUCUCACAAAUAGCCAAACCCUGAUUGAAACAGAAAUGCUUCUAGGUUCAGAAGGAAGGGACUUACUAGGUAGAUGCUAUGAUGCUACUAUACCUGCUGAUGUGGACACUGUUAGUAACUUGGCCUAUAUCAAGUUUGUCACUGAUGAAUCCAUCAAUGCUCAAGGCUUCAGGUUGCAUUUUGCUGCCAGUGCUGACGAGCAUGGAGGUGAACUUAGUGGUACUGUGGGAACAUUGUCCUUUCCCAACUACCCGAAUCAUUCCCUGCACAAAUUAAAAUGUGAAUGGAGAAUUCUGUACAGUGAUGGCAAAACCAAGUGCCAAAACCCAAAACCUGGAACCUGGAAAAGGAGCUGCCUAGGGCACAUGUGCGUGCCUGAAAAUGAACUUCUGCUUUCUGCCAAUGGUGAUGUGAAACAAGCUGAAAGAGGAAUUAUUUCAAGUCCAAACUACCCACAUCCUUACAAUAGUUCUACUCAUUGUUCCUGGCUCUUGAUAGCACCAGAGAGACAUACCUUUUGCAUCUUGGAGCGAAGGGAAAGGACGCGACAAGCGGGAUGUGAUGGCAUACUUCAUAAAGAAAAUGGUACCAUAACUUUUCGCUAUUGGCCAGAAAUCUUUCCUAGUUCCACCAGGUGCUCAAGGGCAGUAAUUACCCAUGAGAGCAAACAUUGUGAAAUAAUCUUUGAUCAGAUUCCAGAUAACAAUUUCCAGAUUCCAGUUGCAUUUCUUGGAUCCUAUUUUCUUGCAUGUUGUGGAUCAAAUCUUACAGUAUCAUCUGGUUGUAUUGUUUCUUCUAAUUUCCCUGGUCAAUAUGACAACAACUUGAACUGCAAUUAUUUCUUAGAGGCAGGACCUCAGGAUGUUGUAAUUCUAAAUUUUGAAAAUUUUGACCUUCAGUUCAUAGUUUUUCAUUUCUCUCUUUUCAUCAAACCUUGUGGUGGCACUUUUGUCUCCAGGGGACAAAUCAAAAGCCCUCUGUAUCCAUUCACAGAGUCAUCAAAUAUGAAUUGUGCAUAUCACAUAUAUGUUGGAAACAACAAAAUAUUGGCAGUCAAAUUCAAUGGCUUUCACCUUGAGGUCUCUUCUUGUCUCAGAAACUCUGUUGCAGUGUAUGAUGGCCCAAACAUUGCUCCUUCACUACUUGGGAAAUUCUGUGAUGCAAUCCUUCCUUCUCCUAUUAAGAGUUCCUCAAACAACUUGCUGCUAGUAUUUAGGGCAGAUGCCUUUGGAGCUGCUGAUGGAUGGGAAGCCUCUUUCACAGAGACAAUAGGUCCUUGGCAAGGUUGUAAUGCCCACUUGAGAAAUGCAAGUUAUAACUUCGGUUCUCUAGACUCUGACAAGGAUGGGAAAUAUAAUAAAGACGUAGAAUGUGUGUGGGUUUUAGCUGCCCCAAUAAAUAAAUUGAUCAACCUCACCUGUGAAUCUUUUGAAUUAGAAGCUGCAGCAUCUUUUCAAAAUUGCCAAUAUAAUUAUGUCAAGUUAUAUGAUGGUAGUAAUGAAGAUGCCAAUUUAGUUGGAAUGUUCUGUGGCCCCAGAUGUCCAUUUAUUUUCCUUUCUACUAAUAACUUGACUGUUAAUUUUGUCACUGAUAGAUUGUUAGAAAGAGGUUUCAUUGCUACUACAUUCAGUGGUGGGAUUCAAUAUUAUACUUACCAACUUGCUUUUCACAUGCAAACUGCAGGAUCCCCCUAUUUUCCAAAUGCAUAUCUACCACUCACAUUCUGCCAAUGUAUAACUGAUGCCCCUCCAAGGGUUAAGCUAGCAGUGUUGAAAUUCCAGCUUGAGCCCAGCCAAGAUUGCACUCAGAAUUAUCUAGAGUUCCAGGAUUUACCAUCAUUAAGUCAAUCAGUCUUACUACCACAGUUACUAGAAAUAUUUUCUUUCAUAGGUAAAUUAAAAAGUAAAAAUAUGCUCAAAUUAAACUUGUGCCUCAGUGAUUUCAUAGAAAAUAGCUCUGCAGUAUCUUAA